AUGUCGUUUGUGGCCGGUGCUGGGUUCGGCAACUACGACCGCACGGCACAGGCCUCGGGCGCACCACCCAUAGCUUCGCCUCGACACGAGGAGAUGGACGACGACACCAACCCGCUGGAGAAGACCAUCUCCCACAAGUCGCACAAGUCACACAAGUCGCACAAGUCGGCCGCGCGCCCACACACCGGCUCCGGCGCCCCCAUGGAGAAGGGCAUGACCCCCGAGUCGGAUUCCACCCAGGACGGUGACGAGACCGAUGAGAUGGAAAGGCGCGCCUCCAUUGUGCAGGCCCUGGCCCGCCGCUACACCACCCAGUCGCACGCCACCGGAGCCCAUGGCAGCAACCCGUUUCUCGACGCCGGCGAGGACUCGCCCCUGAACCCGGCCUCGCCCAACUUCAAUGCGCGGACGUGGGCAAAGUCCGUCGUCGAGAUGGACAAGGCCGGCUUUCGUUCGGCCGGUGUCUGCUUCCAGAACUUGAAUGUGCACGGCUUUGGUCAGGCCACUGAUUACCAGAAGGACGUCGCGAACGUCUGGCUCGAAGCCGCCGGCUUGGCGCGCAAGGCUGUGGGAUUGGCCAAGAAGAGAAAGAUCGACAUCCUGCGCAACUUCGACGGCCUGGUGCGCAAGGGCGAGAUGCUGGUCGUGCUGGGCCCUCCUGGAUCUGGAUGCUCGACCUUUCUGAAGUCCAUUUCCGGAGAGACCAACGGAAUUUAUGUGGAUGAGAACUCCUACUUCAACUACCAAGGUGUGACGGCCAAGGAGAUGCACUCACACCACAAGGGUGAGGCAAUCUAUACCGCCGAGGUUGACGUGCAUUUCCCCAUGUUGACUGUUGGCGAAACCUUAACGUUCGCGGCCCGAGCCCGUGCGCCUCGAGAGUUGCCGGCUGGAGUUGACCGAAACACAUACUCCAACCACCUGAGGGACGUCACGAUGGCCAUGUUCGGCAUCUCCCACACCAUCAACACCCGUGUUGGCAACGAAUAUGUCCGCGGUGUGUCGGGAGGUGAGCGCAAGCGUGUCACCAUCUCCGAGGCCGCCUUGAGCCGCGCGCCCCUCCAGUGCUGGGACAACAGUACCAGAGGUCUCGACAGUGCCAACGCCGUCGAGUUCUGCAAGACCCUCCGCCUGCAGACCGAGCUCUUCGGCUCCACCGCUUGCGUGUCAAUCUACCAGUCCCCUCAGAGCGCUUACGAGCUCUUUGACAAGGCACUCGUGCUUUACGAAGGCCGUCAGAUCUACUUUGGCCGUGCCGAGGAAGCCCGCCAGUACUUCAUCAACCUCGGCUUCGAAUGCCCGGCCCGCCAGACUGCGCCUGAUUUCCUGACCUCCAUGACCAGUCCCCUGGAGCGUAUCGUCCGCAAGGGCUUCGAGGGCAAGGCGCCUCGCACGCCCGAUGAGUUCGCUCUCGCCUGGAAAAACAGCGCCGAGUACAAGGCCCUCCAGGUCGAGAUCGAGGAGUACAAGAAGGAGCACCCGCUCAACGGCCCUGACGCUGAGGUGUUCCGAGCCAACAAGCGCCAGGCUCAGGCCAAGGCCCAGCGUGCCAAGUCUCCUUACACACUCUCAUACGUGCAGCAGAUCAACCUCUGCUUGUGGCGCGGUUUCCGUCGACUUAUUGGUGACCCCAGUCUGACCGUUGGUUCGCUCAUUGGUAAUACUGUCAUGGGUCUCAUCAUCGGUAGUGUCUUCUACAACCUGCAACCCACCACGUCUAGUUUCUUCCAACGAGGAGCCUUGCUCUUCUUCGCUUGUCUUACGAACGCCUUCUCCUCUGCUCUCGAAAUCCUCACGCUCUACGCCCAACGUCCAAUUGUCGAAAAGCAAAGUCGUUACGCAAUGUACCAUCCGUCUGCAGAAGCUGUGGCAUCCAUGCUGACGGAUAUGCCCUACAAGAUUCUCAACACUAUCGUCUACAACCUGGUUCUCUACUUCAUGACAAACCUUCGACGGGAGCCCGGCGCGUUCUUCUUCUUCCUGCUGAUCUCUUUCACCGUCGUCCUUGCCAUGAGUAUGAUUUUCCGGACAAUCGCUUCUGCUUCGCGAACGCUCUCUCAGGCCAUGGUACCGGCAGCCAUCAUCAUUUUGGCACUCGUCAUCUUUACCGGUUUCGUCAUUCCUAUCGACUACAUGUUGGGUUGGUGUCGCUGGAUCAACUAUCUCGACCCUCUUGGCUAUGCCUUCGAGUCGCUCAUGGCAAACGAGUUCACCGGCCGACAGUUCUUGUGUACCGAAUACGUGCCUAGCUUGCUGGCUUACCCGAAUGUUGGCCCCAUGAACCAUGUCUGCAGUGCUGUGGCCUCUGUCGCAGGUAGCGAUUUCGUGGAUGGAGAAGCAUACAUCAACAGCGCCUUCCGGUACUACAACGGGAACCGCUGGCGAAACUGGGGUAUCACCAUUGCUUUCAUCAUCUUCUUCUUGUUCACCUACAUGGUUUCCGCGGAGCUGGUCUCUGAGAAGAAGUCCAAGGGUGAAGUCCUCGUCUUCCGCCGUGGUUACAGGCCAGCACAGUUCAAGGAGUCCAAGGACGAUGCGGAAGAGGGCAUGAUGCGUGUUGGUCCCACCGCCACGAACGAGAGGGCCACUGCUGCCGCCAACAAGGAUACCUCUGCUGUUAUUCAGCAGACGUCGAGUGUCUUCCACUGGAACAAUGUGUGCUACGACAUUAAGAUCAAGGGCGAGCCUCGCCGUAUCUUGGACAACGUUGACGGAUGGGUGAAGCCCGGUACAUUGACGGCCUUGAUGGGAGUUUCCGGUGCCGGAAAGACAACGCUUCUGGAUGCCUUGGCUAGUCGCAUUACCAUGGGUGUGAUCACUGGUGAGAUGCUUGUUGAUGGACGACUCCGCGACAACUCAUUCCAGCGUAAGACUGGCUAUGUCCAGCAACAGGAUCUACACUUGGCUACCACCACUGUCCGCGAAGCCCUGAACUUCUCCGCCCUCCUCCGUCAGCCUGCCGAUGUCCCCCGUGCGGAGAAGUUGGCAUACGUCGACGAAGUUAUCAAGCUGCUAGACAUGGAGGAAUAUGCAGAUGCCGUUGUCGGUGUUUUGGGCGAGGGUCUGAACGUCGAGCAAAGAAAGCGUCUUACCAUCGGUGUUGAACUCGCUGCCAAGCCCCCUUUGCUGCUCUUUGUCGACGAACCCACUUCUGGUCUGGACUCUCAAACCUCAUGGGCCAUCCUGGACCUGCUUGAGAAGUUGACCAAGGCUGGUCAAGCCAUUCUUUGCACAAUCCAUCAACCUUCCGCUAUGCUGUUCCAGCGCUUCGACCGUCUGCUCUUCUUGGCCAAGGGUGGUCGCACUGUCUACUUUGGUGACAUUGGCGAGAACUCCAAAACCAUGACAUCUUACUUUGAACGUCACGGCGCGCCUCCCUGCCCCGCAGAUGCCAACCCGGCUGAAUGGAUGUUGGACGCCAUCGGCGCCGCCCCUGGAAGCCACACCGAGAUCGACUGGUUCCAGACGUGGCGCGACAGCACCGAGUACAGCCAAGUCCAGGCUGAGCUCCAGCGCCUGAAGGAUGAUGCCUCGGACGAGCCGCCUGCAACUGAAGAUAGGGGUUCCUACCGCGAAUUUGCCGCCUCGUUCUUCACUCAGCUGCAGGAGGUUUCUUACCGUGUGUUCCAGCAAUAUUGGCGAACUCCAUCGUACAUCUACUCCAAGGCUGCCCUUUGCAUCCUUGUUGCCCUCUUUAUCGGUUUCGUCUUUUUCAAAGCCCCCAACUCGGUCCAGGGUCUCCAGAACCAGAUGUUCGCCAUCUUCAACCUUCUCACCGUCUUCGGUCAACUCGUCCAGCAGACCAUGCCGCACUUUGUCGUUCAGCGGUCCUUGUAUGAGGUCCGUGAGCGGCCGUCCAAGGUCUAUGGUUGGAAGGUAUUCAUGCUCUCGCAAAUCAUUGUGGAACUUCCCUGGAACACCCUCAUGGCCGUCUUCAUGUUUGUCUGCUGGUACUACCCCGUCGGUCUCAACCAGAACGCCAUCGCAGCCGGACAGGAGACGGAGCGAGGAGCGCUGAUGUUCCUGCUUCUCUGGGUCUUCCUCCUGUUCACGUCGACCUUUACCGACAUGAUCAUCGCCGCUUUCGAGACUGCCGAGGCUGGUGGCAACAUUGCUAACUUGCUCUUCAUGUUGUGCUUGAUCUUCUGUGGUGUCCUCGCCUCUCCCGACACGUUCCCCCGCUUCUGGAUCUUCAUGUACAGACUCAGCCCGUUCACGUAUCUGAUCUCUGCCAUGUUGUCGACUGCCGUUGCCAACACGGAGGUCACCUGUGCCGACAACGAAUACCGCCAGUUUGAGCCCCUCCAAGGCCAAACCUGCUACGAGUACAUGGAGCCCUACAUCCAGAACGUGGGCGGCUACCUCCGGGAUGACAACGCCACGGACAUCUGCAGUUACUGCACCGUCAAGGACACCAACGUGUUCCUCAGCAGCGUCGGGUCCUCGUACGCCGACCGGUGGCGCAACUUUGGCAUCCUCUGGGCCUACAUCAUCUUCAACAUCUUCGGCGCCCUCUUCCUCUACUGGCUCACACGUGUGCCCAAGCACGCCAAGAAGGCAGAGAAGCCCAAGAAGUCGGCCCAGAUCGCAGCCGAAGCUGCCGCAAGUGGGGAGAAGCAGAAGUCUGGCGAGGCGGGCGAGACCUCGACAGCCACGUCAUAA